AAGAAACACACAAAUAAUAAAAUAUAAUCAACGGCAACGCCCCGCCGGAGGAGGAGAAAGAUGCAAAACCGCGUAGCGAUUACGUACUUCCUUUCCUUUCUUUUCUCAUAACUCCUUUGCCAAUUGCCAUCACAUUCACAACAAUUACACAUCAACUUACCUUAAUUCCUGUUUCUCAUGGCUAAAACCUCUGAUAUAUGGAAUCGACUAUGGUGAGUUGGAGUUCUCAAGCAAUAGCAUGGACGAGCUGCCAGGGGCAUUUGGCACUAGUGCCAGCUUGGCUUUGCGGUUUGGUCAGACUAUCUUCUCUUUGGCCUCUAUUUUCUUCAUGUGCUUGGACGUUGCGUUCUUCACCUACACUUCUUUCUGCUUUUUGGUGACAGUCAUGGGUUUGGUAAUUCCAUGGAGCAUUACACUGAUAGUGGUGGAUGCAUACUCUGUCUUCAUAAAAUGUUUACCUCGUCAACCCAAAAUAUUAUUGGUCAUCAUUGUAGGAGAUUUGGUUUUAUCAUUUCUCUUGCUAGCUGCAGCAUCCUCAACAGCUAGUGUCACAACUGUCCUGCUUGCUGCCAAAGGUUACUGCACUGCAAAGCCAUGUAGUAGAUAUCAGUUGUCUGCCGCAAUGGCUUUCUUUUCUUGGUUCCUUUCAUUGGCUUCAUCUCUCUUCAAUCUUUGGCUUCUUCCUUCUUUGUAAAUUUCUGGCUGGCUGUUGCCAUUUAUAGAAAUGAAAAGGGUAAAUGUUGAUUAAAAAGAAAAGAAAAGAAAUGAUAGCCAAAGUCUAAUUUUGUGUAGUGAUAGUGUUUCAUAUUUACAGAAAUAUCAAAUAUGUUACAAUUGGAUCAAUCUGAAUUUGAUCAUUCUUCAGCCAUAAAGUAAAGAGUUUAAAGCUCUUUAGUUUCAA